AUUGGAAUGUGGGCGUCGAGCGUUUCACUAUACCUUGGGUGGGAAUAAUAUUUUGGCCUAACCUAAAUCGUCAACUGUUUUUUAAUUGUAUCUCUUCAAACAAAAUCUCUGUCUUGUUUUUGCUUGAUUUUUGAGGAAAAAUAAUUUUAGGGUUUUGUUAAAGCUGAAUGGCGGAGGAAGAGGUUGUUGUGGCUCCGACGGCGUCGGAUCUCAAACGAAAGCUUAACAAUUUGGACUCGGAAUUCCAGCCCAGCCCCAACUCCACUGCCCUUGAGCCCGAUGCCGAUGGUGACUUGGCGGAAGCGGGUGAAUCAGAUGCGAAGAGGCCGAGGCUCGUUGAAGAUAAUGAAAAAGCUGAUGGGAUAGCAGCUAGUGUUAAUGGAUUGAAAGAAGGAAUGUUGGAGAAAGCUGGGGAUACUGAAAACAUUACUGAGGAUGCAGCUAAAGGAGAUGGGCAAGAAACUGUGGAAGUUAAGACAGAGCAGGUGUUAUCUGUGGAAGGGCAGCUUUCAGGUGAAAACGAGCAAAUCUAUGUUAAAGAGGAAAUGAAAGAAGUAUUGAUUAGUGUUAAAGGGGAGACAGAAGAAGCUUAUGUUACUGUCAAAGAGGAAACCAAAGAAGUCACUGUUGAAGGGAAAGAAAGUGUAGAACCUUUUAAAGAAGAACCUUGGCAAGAGAGCGACAAUUCUAAGUUUGAUGAGCCUGCUGCAAAUGAUGGCUCGACUGUGAGCCGCAGAAUAGAGGUCCCUAAUAAUAAGGUUGGUGUUCUUAUUGGCAAGGCUGGGGAUACCAUACGUUAUCUGCAGUAUAAUUCCGGAGCAAAAAUUCAGAUUACAAGGGAUGCUGAAGCAGACCCUUACUCUACCACAAGACCUGUGGAAAUAUUUGGGACUUUAAGUAAUAUAAACAAGGCUGAGAAGCUUAUAAGUGCUGUCAUAGCAGAGGCUGAUGCAGGGGGCUCACCUUCCUUAGUAGCUAGGGGUCUUGCUACUGCACAGGCUGCUGGAAUUGGAGACCAAGUUGAGAUAAAAGUUCCAAAUGAGAAGGUUGGUUUAAUCAUUGGUAGAGGCGGAGAGACUAUCAAGGGUCUGCAAACCAGGUCUGGGGCACGAAUCCAGCUGAUACCUCAACAUCUUCCUGAAGGAGAUGGUUCCAAAGAGAGGACAGUGCGAGUUACUGGUGAUAUGAGGCAGAUAGAGAUUGCUCAAGAAAUGAUAAGGGAUGUUUUGAAUCAGACUAUGAGGCCGUCACCUAUCUCUGGUGGUUUUAAUCAGCAAGCCUAUCGAUCGCGUGGACACUCUGGUCCACCUCAAUGGGGUUCACGUGGUCCUCAUCCCUCACAGCCAAUGGGUUAUGACUAUCAGCAGCGAGGACCCUAUCCUUCUCAGAAUUCCCAGUAUCCACCUCCAGCACGUGGUGGUUAUCCUUCGCAGCAAAUGGGUCCAAGAGGUAAUUUUGGUGGUCCUCCCAAUAUGCAUGGCCCUCUGCAUGGAGGCGCUGGUGGUUAUGAUUACUAUGGUGGGCAAGGAGGUCAUGAUCACCCAGGCUCUGUUGCUCAUUCAACUCCCAAUCAUGGGCAUGGUCCUGGCCCUACCCCUGUCUCAGCAGGAGGCCCACCUCCAUCCCAGGCAAAUUACAACUAUGGGCAGCCUCAUGGUCAUGAUGAUGGGCAUCAACGUGGCUAUGCUCAGACAGCUUCUCAGCAGGGUUAUGGACAUGGGUAUGAUGGACCAAAGUAUGACAAUCACGCACAAAUGCAGCAUCCCUAUGUUGGAUAUGGACACUCUCAGGCAGCUUACUCACAGGGUAGCAUGCAACUGGGUUAUCCCCAACAACAGCAGUAUGGUAAGGCACCAUCAUAUAACAUGCCACCACAGGGAGGACAACCACAACAAUCUUAUGGUCUUCCCCGGCCAGGUCAACUAGGAGAUAUGCCUUACCAAGGUUCUGUUCCAUCAGCCCAAGCAUAUGGUGCUAAUGUGCCACAUCAACAACAAUAUCCUUAUGCAACAAGUGGAGCUAUGCAUCAGAGCUAUCCCGCUUAUGGUUCUGCACCAGCUACUGAGGGUUGUAAUCAGCAUGCAGCUGCAUCCACUCCCAGCUAUCCUCAGCAAGGCGGCCACUCUGUUCCCAGUUAUACACAGCUGCCUAGUGGGCAGCAAGCUGCUGGCUAUGGGCAAGUUUCUUCUACUGUUGGGUACACAUCAUACACCAAUCCACAGCAAGGUUACCCUGAGCAGCCAGCUGCUAACAAUGCAAGUUAUGGUUAUCAAGCCACUCAAGAUCCUAAUUAUGGAGGUAGUGCCCCAGGGUCUGCCUACUCUGCACCAGGGAGUGGGCAGCAAGCUUAUGCUCAGCCAACCGCAGCUCAACCAAGCUAUGAUCAGGCUGCUGCACAACCAGCCACAUAUGGGGUUACUCAAGGGAGUGCACCAGUCGGUUAUGGCAAAACUGCAUCACCACAGCCUGUUUACCCUCAAUAUGACGCCACCCAGGUGCAGCAGUAUUCUGCACCUCAUUGAAAAGUUUUCCUUUAUUUGUACCAGAUAUUGAUUAGUUAGCCGUUGCGUCCCUUGGGUCUAUUGUUCUGACUGCCUAUAUAAGUUCAUAGAUUUUCUCUUUUUUUUUUUUUUUUUUUUUUUUUGGCGUCUGGAAAUGCUAUUAUAUCUUUUAAAUGCAGCUGAUAUAGUUAAGAAUGUUGUUGCUCUACUAUUUUGAUGUAUUCUUCGGAUGAUAUGAUCUCAAUGAAUCAGACCUAGCAUUUUUUUUUUCCCUAUUCA